AUGGCCACCCAGAAGUUUACGACAGAAGCUGUCGACGCCACCCUAAGUUUUAUGACAGCAGUAGACGGCGACCCAGAUGAUCUGCCGAUCGAGGGUCUCAAAUGGGGUAAUGCAAAGGUGAAUGUGGGGCCAAAAUACGUGAACAGAUACUUAGGAGAUACCAUACUCGGAUAUUGGAAAACUUACGCCGAGAAAGCUAAGAAAGAUCAGCUCGGUGGCAUACACUGGCAACAAUUUUCCGAUAACGUCGGGGACUUUACUGACGUGCCGGACGAGCUUAUGUCUCUGUUCCGGACGACGAAAGGUCUUCGAUACAUGCCAGACGUUAGUAAAACAAACAUCUGGCAACGCAAAGUAUUGGUUUCACGGAAACGUACUCGCAAUCUCUUUGACCUAACAAGUCUUUGGAAAAAGCAGGUACUCUCCAAGUUGGAAGAAGACAUCCUCAUGGACGUCGAUUCCGAUUCUGAUCAGAUGAGCGUUGAUACCCCAUCAGAUCGAUCGGACGGAAUCGACCCAAACUUCUUUAUCAACUAUACUCUGGGUAGAACGUAA